UAAUUAUUUUUUUUUAUUUCAAAAUUAAUCGGAAGGUUCCGUGCGCAUAGGAGACCAUAUGCACGCGUCACCUCCAAACGUAUUCUAGGUUAGAAUUUCAAAAUCGGCAAAAUUCCACAAAUAAAGCCGAACAAUGGCAUCGUCAGGUGACAAAUCAAAAAAUCAGAGCGGUGACCAAAAAGAGAAGAAACGUAAAGAGUCGAUUCUAGACCUCUCUAAAUACCUUGAAAAGACAAUUAGGGUGAAAUUUGCGGGCGGCCGAGAAGCUAGUGGUAUUUUAAAAGGCUAUGACCCCCUUUUGAACCUCGUCUUAGACAACACAAUCGAAUACUUGAGAGAUCCAGACGACCCUUAUAAAUUAACAGAAGACACGAGGGCCUUGGGUUUGGUGGUCUGUAGGGGCACAAGUGUCGUGCUCAUAUGCCCCAUGGACGGCAUGGAGUCCAUACAGAACCCCUUUAUAUCCCAAGACUAAGUUUUGUACCAUAAAAAUACCUCUAAUUUGUAAGACGUUUUUUUGAAUAAAACCGGUAAAAAAUUAAUAAAA